AUGAAAUUAUGGUGGUGUUCAGCAGCAAAUAUCCUGUAUGCAAUCGGCUCAUUAGGCUAUCUUGCUGUUAAUAUUGUCAAUCUCAUCGAUCGGACAACUGUUGAAUCAUCCGCUACGUACAUUAUUUUAGUUCUUCUAGCCAUUCUUUUUGUGCUUGACGCGUUACUCUACACAGCAGACUGGUUCGAACAGCGUGCAACAAAAAAAUGCCGGGAAUUAUUUGCUUGCAUACUUAAUAUUGUCGGAAGUGUUUUAUAUCUAGUCGGAGCAACCGUGUUCAAAAACAAGACAGUUUCGACCAAUAACUUCACAAAUGUAACUGAUAUAUCAGUGUUUGUAUUCAAUAUCGCUGGUAUGUUAGCAUUCCUAGGUGAAUCCAUUCUUUCAUUUUUCGCACCCCGCAUUACCAAAAAGUCAUCGAAAUGUUCCGUGGAAUUCUUUGCUCAUCUACUCAACUUUCUCGGCAAUCUGACUUAUCUGUGCGCACAUGUUAUUCAACCAAUCAUCUCUUUUCUAGCGAGUCACACGACACAAUACUUAAAUAAACUAACUGACAUGAUUUUUAUUAUUAUUCGUCCUGUACAAAUUGGCGGAGAUAUUAUUUAUGUCAUUGACGCAAUACUUUAUACAAUCGUCUGGCUGAAAGCGAAUGAACAAUUGAGAAAAGUUGGUAUGGCAUGGAUAGAGCGUGGACAUGCAACGAUUAACAAUAUAAUCGAAAAACCAAAAUCGAAUUUGACAAAUGCAAAUCAAUUACUAGAUGUAGAAGGCACGGUGGUACGACCUGAAAUGAAAAAACCGAUUGUGAAGUCGAAACCACAGGUAGUAGUCAUCACAAAAACAUACUCAUCAAACGAUCGACUUUGUGUGGAAACGAUCGGCUGA